UGUGGGCUCAGGCGGGGGAGGCUUUGACCCCAAGUACCUAGCACUGCCACCGCUGUGGCCGCCGCGCUGGGUGCUGCUCGUUAACCCCCGCUUGGGCUGAGUCACGCCCAUAAUGCCAGCCUGCCUGGCCCACCAGCUUGGCCAGAUGCCGGCCUUCAAAGGGCCCGGGGGAGCCUAGGAGGGGCCAGGCAGCAGGCCGUGUCCCACUGCCCCUGCUUUCAGAUAUCAGGAGCCGCCUCCUGGCUGGCUGUAGGAGUGGAGCAAGCACAGGGCUCUACCAUCUGAAACCGCUCGGAUCUACAGCUCCAGGGCCAGGACAACCACACGGAGAGGGAAACAAGCUCACAUCUCACUGUUGGAAACCUUCUAGCAACACGAUGAGCCUGCAGUGGACUGCAGUCGCCACCUUCCUCUAUGCAGAGGUCUUUGCUGUGCUACUUCUCUGCAUUCCCUUCAUUUCUCCCAAAAGAUGGCAGAAGAUUUUCAAGUCCCGCCUGGUGGAGUUGGUAGUGACUUAUGGCAACACCUUCUUUGUAGUCCUCAUUGUCAUCCUUGUGCUGCUGGUCAUUGAUGCUGUACGUGAGAUUCGGAAGUAUGACGACGUGACCGAGAAGGUGAACUUGCAGAAUAACCCCGGGGCCGUGGAGCACUUCCACAUGAAGCUUUUCCGUGCCCAGAGGAACCUCUACAUUGCUGGCUUUUCCUUGCUGCUGUCCUUCCUUCUUAGACGCCUGGUGACUCUCAUCUCCCAGCAGGCCACGCUGCUGGCGUCCAACGAAGCCUUUAAAAAGCAGGCAGAGAGUGCUAGUGAGGCAGCCAAGAAGUACAUGGAAGAGAAUGACCAGCUGAAGAAGGAAGCUGCUGUUGGCGGGGUCAAGUUGGAUGGUAGGGAUGCCGAGGAGAAGGUGGAAGAAGAGAACAGGAGCCUGAAGGCUGAUCUGAAGAAGCUGAAGGACGAGCUGGACAUUAACAAGCGAAAACUAGAGAAAGCUGAAAACGAGGCUCUGGCCAUGCGGAAGCAGUCUGAGGGCCUGACCAAGGAGUACGACCGCCUGUUGGAAGAACAUGCAAAGUUACAGGCAGCGGUAGACGGCCCCACGGACAAGAAGGAGGAGUGAGGCUGCUCCUCCCUGCCUGCCACCUGGCCUGUGCCUGCUGCUGCCUGCAGCCCGGCCUCCCCGGUACUUCAGUUCACCCCCUACCGCUUCCUGUCCCCUUGCGCAGCUUGCAGUUCCACGCUCUCCCAGCACACCGCAGGGGACCCAGUUUCUGCCUGCUCAGGAUGAGUUUGCUACCGUCCUGGCCGGCCAGGCAUGAGGCGGCAUUGCUUCCCACUGGUUGAGCGUUUUUUGUUUUGCGUGUUGUUUGGGGCUCCAGGGCCCCUUGUCUCUGGUCCUGCAGGAGGGUGGAUGGAGCAGGCAGAGUAGAGUUUCUCUUGGGGGCAAUAAAGGUUGUUAUAUGACCAUG